CUUCAGACUGCAUUGCCAAAAUAAAAACAACGGGAGGGAGAGCUGUGCAAGCUGCUUCCCACAGGGAGAGCGUGGCAGCGCCCGCCAGCCCCGCCGCCGCGUCCCAGGAGCCCUGUCUGCAGAGAGAGGAACAUCACAUCUGCGUGCUCUGCUUCCCGAGGACACCCGGAGCCAGCGGCUGAAUUCCUGCCCCAGCUGCAAGGAGAGGAGAUUAUUUGGGUGUGCUUAUGCUCAUGGCCUGGAUGGAGACCUCCUCCACUGCCCUGGAAAAGACAAAAGAACUCAUCAAGCACGGCCGGGAGAGGAUAGAACAAACCAUCAAGGCCUCGGGCUCCAGGCUCUGCUCGUAUGCUGAGCGAGUUGUUUUUUUAAUGGAUCGUUCUCGGAGCCCAGACAAAAGCACCCAGCCUUCAACACCAACAGACAACAUCAACCUCGGACCUUCUGCUAACCCCAAUGCCAAGCCAACAGACUUUGACUUCCUGAAGGUUAUUGGCAAAGGAAGCUUUGGAAAAGUUCUCCUGGCCAAACGCAAGUGUGACGGGACUUUUUAUGCAGUGAAAGUCUUGCAUAAGAAAACCAUCCUCAAGAAAAAGGAGCAAAACCACAUCAUGGCAGAACGCAAUGUGCUCCUGAAAAAUGUCAAGCACCCCUUCCUCGUGGGGCUCCACUACUCCUUCCAGACCACAGAGAAGCUUUAUUUUGUGCUUGACUAUGUAAAUGGAGGAGAGCUCUUCUUCCACUUGCAAAGGGAGCGCUGUUUCCGAGAGCCCCGGGCCCGAUUCUACGCUGCAGAAGUGGCCAGCGCCAUUGGGUACCUGCAUUCCCUAAACAUCAUCUACAGGGACUUAAAGCCUGAGAACAUCCUCCUGGAUUGCCAGGGACACAUAGUAUUGACAGACUUUGGACUCUGCAAAGAAGGAAUGGAGCAAGAGGAGACAACUUCUACCUUUUGUGGCACUCCUGAGUACCUGGCUCCUGAGGUGCUAAAGAAGCAGCCCUAUGACAGGACCGUGGACUGGUGGUGCCUCGGAGCUGUCCUCUAUGAAAUGCUCUUUGGACUGCCUCCUUUUUACAGCCGGGAUGUGUCUCAGAUGUAUGACAACAUUCUGCACAAGCCACUGCAGAUCCAAGGAACCAAGACUGUGGCAGCUUGUGACAUCCUCCAGGGACUUCUCCACAAGGACCAGAAGAGGAGGCUGGGUGCCAAAACAGACUUUCUUGAGAUAAAGAACCACGUAUUCUUCAGCCCAAUAAACUGGGAUGAUUUAUAUCACAAGAGGAUUACUCCUCCAUUCAACCCCAAUGUGGCUGGCCCAGCUGAUCUGCGACACUUUGAUCCAGAGUUCACCCAAGAAGCCAUCUCUGCCUCCAUCACCCGAACGCCUGACCUAGCAGCCAGCAGCUCCAGUGCCUCAGAUGCAUUUUUAGGAUUUUCAUAUGCACCAACUGAAGAGGACAUUUAAGUUUUACGAAGGCUUUGUGAAGCCAUUUUUUAAAUGAAUGGGUUUUAUGUUUAUUUUCCUUUUCUUUUUUGCCUUUUGAGACAAUUGGUAUUGUCCUUUGCUCGUGGUUUAAGGAAACUGGCACUAACACACUAACGGGCUGGGAUGGAACAGAGCUCUUAAUUUUUGCUGUUUGGUGGAUUUUCUCCCUAAGUGAAUGUUCCCCUGCCAGGGAAAGUGGGACACUGACUAUGAUUUUCCCUGAGUGUCUUGUGCUACUUGGCAGAAUUGUAUUCACUCUGUGGUUGUAUUUAUGGUUGAGGUAUGUGCCAUCAUUCACAUCAACAGUCCCUGUAACUGGACACUCUGUUUUGUUUUGUUUAUUUUGUUUGUUUGGGGGUUGUUUGUUUGUUUGUUUGUUUUUUGUGGAGCUAUGCUCAGCUAUGUCCAAGCUCUUUCCCCAAGCCUUCAACAGAAAAGGAAAGUCUUCAUAUCAUCAUGAACAGUGACUUCCUUCCUUUAAGUGAACUCUGUCACUCAAGCUGCUUAUCCUGGGUUGAGUGAAAAACUGUUAAUCAGUUAUUGCUUGAAAGGCAGCUGCAGACUUAUAAAUCCUGAACUGCACUGUGGAUUUUCAUGCCAGUCUCAUUCUCACUAAAGUGAGUGGAUCAUCUUCCUGGCCCGGGAUUGGGAUGCUACUGAAGUAACAACAAGGCUGUGAUGGAGGAGCCAAUGUGUAAGAGGAAAAUCCCAGAUCAGAGUGGGGGUGUGGAAAGAGGCUGACUUGCUUGGAAAAAUAAAAAUAACUUUAUAGCUGAA